AUGCGCGGUGGUGAUAGAAGAAACAGACGUAACGAAUGGCAAUAUGACGAAGAACAUCACAGUCGUGGUAACCGAAACGGCUCGUAUGUACAAUACGCAUCAGCUCGAACUCAGCAUGAUCCCCACUUAGGUCAUCACCGUAUUCAGGAUAGUCGCUACUGGUAUCAAAAACCAGAACACCGGAACAACCUCUCACUCCGUCGAUGCAACCAGUAUUCCAUAUUCAAUCGACCCAAUCACCAUUUCCUUGCAAAAUCCAAACACCUUAAAGAGUACCUUCUGACAUCUUUGAAGUCGCAUAUAGAUAGGAUAGAGGAAUGGUUGCCAGAAAACGAGUGUAAGGGUGGGGACAACCAGGUCGACUUACAUAAUGUUGGAAGUAACGAAGAAAUGGACUGGCAAUCAGAACGAGAGCUAGUCGUCGAAGGAUAUGAAUGGAGUUCCGAGGUCUUAUCACUUAGUCGGAAUGCGGGAGAGUUAAAAGAUGUUACUCCCGACAAUGGCCAUGAACAGUCUUCUGAUUGUAGAACCGAUAUUGAAAGCGUGGCUCCGAAUGGGUCUUUGGACAUCGAACGGGAGGAUCAGGGCAAUGGUCUUGCCCCUGAAUAA